GCUUGCAAUUAGUGGAUAAAAGCUAAAGGGUCCCCCAAUCUGGUAUAAGAAAUGGACAAAGUAAAUCACAAGUUGGAAUUCUGGAAUGCUGAAGCUUCCCAUACCUUGUUCCUCUAUAUAAGUAAACUGCCAUAAGUUGAGAAAAAAAUAACCCAUUCCAUCCCAAUUGAUUGCCCCAAGAAAUGGCUAAUCAUAGGGCGUUGUUUUUCCAUUUGGCAUUUAUCUUUCUGCAGAUUUUCUCCAUUGAUGGACAGUCUGAAACUUAUAUUGUCCAUAUGGAUUUAUCAUUAAUGCCCAGAGCUUUUACUAGCCAUCAGAGCUGGUUUUUGGCUACCCUUUCUUCUAUAUCAAACACUGGGCUUGUGUAUGCCUACACUAAUGCCAUCCAUGGUUUUAGUGCAGUUCUUUCUCCGGCAGAGCUUGAAGCCAUCAAGAAAUCUCCUGGAUAUCUCUAUUCCAUUAAGGAUGCUUCGGUUAAGGUUGACACUUCUCACACGCCGGCAUUCCUUGGGCUGAGCUCCGACCACGGGGCAUGGCCGGUGACGGACUACGGCCGGGAUGUUAUUAUUGGGGUGAUUGACACCGGGGUUUGGCCGGAGAGUAAGAGCUUUGGAGAUGAUGGGAUGGGGGAGAUUCCGGCGAGGUGGAAAGGGGAAUGUGAGAGUGGAACUCAGUUUAGUCCUUCCAUGUGUAACAAGAAACUUAUUGGGGCUCGUUAUUUUAACAAAGGCCUGCUUGCUAGGAAUCCUAAUUUGACUAUUUCCAUGAACUCUGCUCGGGACACGGACGGGCACGGAACUCACACGUCCUCCACGGCGGCCGGGGGCCGCGUGGAGGGCGCCGGGUUUUUCGGCUAUGCCACGGGUGUGGCCACGGGCAUAGCUCCCAAGGCUCGGGUUGCUAUGUACAAAGCCCUCUGGGACGAAGGCGUUCAGCUGUCUGAUAUUGUGGCCGCCAUUGACCAGGCAUUGGCGGACGGGGUGGACGUCCUGUCGUUAUCACUAGGCGUUGACGGGCUUGCUCUGUACGAAGACCCCAUCGCCAUAGCCGCAUUUGCUGCAAUGGAGAAGAACGUUUUCGUUUCCACUUCGGCGGGGAACCAAGGGCCCUACUUAGCCUCUCUACACAACGGGACGCCUUGGCUUCUCACGGUGGCGGCCGGCACCGUCGACCGGGAGUUCCGGGGGACGUUAACUCUUGACAGUGGACUUUCCGUUUCUGGCUUGUCUCUGUACCCUGGAAACUCAACUUCAACGUUGUCGGCCGUUUUUCUCGGCCAAUGCACCGACACUAAACAGUUGAAGAACGCUGGCGACAAAAUUGUCGUGUGUCUAGACAAGAACGGCACGGUCGGGGACCAAGUAUUCAACCUCCAAAACGGAAAAGUCGGCGGCGGCGUUUUCAUAACCAAUGUCACCGACUUAGAAUUCUUGCUACAGAACCAAAUCCCCUCCGUGUUUUUAACCAUUGAAGACGGCGAAAAAAUUCUCCAUUACAUCAAAACCAAUCCCGCGCCAAAAGCAAAGCUGGAAUUUAAGAUGACCUUCCUGGGCACAAAACCCGCCCCAAAAGUUACAAGCUAUAGCUCAAGAGGCCCAUCCCCGAACUGCCCAAAAAUUCUAAAGCCCGAUAUUAUGGCGCCGGGCUCUUUAAUCUUAGCAUCCUGGCCGUCGAAUUCCCCUGUGACACAAUUACCCUCCGGCAAUCUUUUCAGUAACUUCAACCUCAUAUCCGGGACCUCAAUGGCCUGCCCGCACGCCACCGGCGUCGCCGCGCUUCUAAAAGCGGCGCACCCGGAUUGGACCCCGGCGGCCAUCCGGUCCGCCAUGAUGACCACCGCUGACGCCACGGACAACACCGCCGCCCCAAUUCAAGACAUCGGUUUAGACAACGCCGCCGCCUCUCCUCUGGCCAUGGGAGCCGGCCAUAUCAAUCCAAACAGGGCGCUCGACCCCGGCCUCAUAUACGAUGUGAGCACACAAGAUUACAUCAAUCUUAUAUGCGCCCUGAAAUUCUCGCCAAAUCAUACUCAGACCAUCAUAGGAACAUCAUCGUACAACUGCUCAAACCCAUCAUCUGACCUCAACUACCCAUCAUUCAUCGCCUUCUUCCCCGUCAAUGCCACUAUAUCUGAUCCCAACAGAGUCCAAGAAUUCCGGCGGACACUAACUAAUCUCGGAGAUGGAAUGUCGGUCUAUUCCGCAAAGCUGACGCCAAUCGACGGCGUUAACGUAACCGUUGUGCCUGACAAACUGGUUUUCACCAAAAAAUGCGACAAGCAAAGCUACAAGUUAAGGAUUGAAGCGCCACCAACAAUGGAUAAUUUCUUGGUUUUUGGGUCUCUCAGCUGGGUGGAGAAUGCAGGUAAACAUGUCGUCAGAAGUCCCAUUGUGGCCACAACCUUAAAUUUGGACGAUUAAACAACAUUUGACUCUUGAUUUACACGGUAAUUAGUGCUCUCUCAUUCCAAAGCUUUCUAAUUUUCAUCUCAUAAUAAUGUUUGUUUUUCUGUCACUUUUUUCUUUAACAUUUUCCUUAGGUUAACUCUUUUCCUUGUUUCAAGCAAGGUAAACAUAGAGAAAACUUCAAGAGGAAACAUAUUUCCGUUACUUGUAUUGUUUAACAUGUAUGUGUAUUGUAACAAAUAAACAAUUGUGCAAUAAAAUACAUUGUUUUUACAUUUAAA